AUGCUUUCGAGGCCGGGUAUCAUCACCUCGACUCGGCCGCUGCUUACGGUAGGUUUGAGCACAGAUCCCCGGUGUUAUCAGUCGAGAAACGAAGACUUCGUCGGCCACACGCUCUCCAACUCGUCCCUCUCGCCCUCGCGCAAAUCGUACUGGAUAACCUCCAAGCUGUGGAACACGGCGCACCAACCCAAAAACGUGCGGCCGGCGUUGGAGAAAACCCUGCACGACCUCCAAGUGCCCUAUCUGGAUCUGUACCUGAUGCACUGGCCCGUGGCGUUCUUGCCGGACCAAGAAAAGGGCCGGACCGUGAUCGACCAGGACACUUCGAUCCACGACACCUGGCGGGCCAUGGAAGAUCUCGUGCGUGCAAACCUCACACGGUAUAUCGGGGUGAGCAACUUCUCGCCGCGGCAGCUGGACGAUCUGUUGGCGAAAUGCGACAUCCGGCCCCUGGCGCACGAGUUCGAGACGCAUCCGUACCUGCAACAACAGGAAUUCGUCGACUGGCACUUGCGGAACAAUAUCACGGUGAUAGCCUACUCGCCCCUCGCGAAUAUCAACCCGACUUAUGAUGGGAAAUACCCGGACCUACCGCCAAUUCUGGAAGACAAGUUCUGGACAGAGCUCGCCGCCAAGAAGAACGUGACUCCGGCGCAGGCCAUCCUCGCGUGGGGAAGGCAGCGCGGCACCAUCGUGAUUCCCAAGAGCGUCCACAAAGACCGCAUCGAGGAGAAUUUGGGGUCGCUAAAAGUCAGUUUCACGGAAAAAGAAAUGCUCAAGAUCGCAGAGCAGGAUAAGAGGUCGAGAUUCAACAAUCCAAGUAAAGAUUGGGGAGUCGAGUUGUUCGAGGGCUUGGAUGAUGGCAGUAGUCGGUUCGUUGCCAACGAGGAACUUUGA